CGGGCCCAGGGGCGGGGGGCCGGGGGUGGGAGGCAGCUCGGCCGGGAAGGGCUGCUCGUCCUGCUGUGCCCCACCGGCCGGCGACGGCUGGCGGGAAAUCCCCCGGGGUUCAGUCCCUGGGCUGGCCCUGGGUGCUCUGGCCCCGGGUGCCGGGCCUGGCCUUCCCGGCAGUGUUGGGGGCAGGGAGUGUACUGGGUUGCCCUGUGUGUGUGUUGUGGGGGUGGGACAGACGGCCUUCUGAGGGCACCUGGAUGUCCCUCUGGUACCAGCUGCCUCGUCCCUGCGUCCUCUGCCCCGCAGCAGUCAGAGGCGCGACCCUGGGUGGGCUAUCAUGGCCACGUGUCUGGGGGCUGAGGAGAGCCACCAUGAGCAACCUCUGCUCUCCCGGCUGCCGGGGCCUCACACCCAAGCUCUGCAGACUCCUGGCCCUGGCUCCGGCUGGGUGCUGCUCCUCAGGCCCCUCCACCAGGGCUGGGAAGCCGAGUCGAGUCCUGGUCUCGCUCGGUUCACAUGACUGAUUUCCAGCCGCUGUCAGACUCCAUCAGGGGCUGUGGGUGGGUUUGGGGGCUGGAACCCGGAGGCCAGCCUUUGUCUCUCCCUGAUGUUUGGGCUUUGCGGGGUGAGUGGGCUUCUACCCCUGAGAGCUGGUCCUCUGCAUUUGGGCGGGUGGGGGAGGCCUUUACCAGAACGUCUGGGGACCUGGUGUGGCCCCUCCCUCGCCUCUGGGGGUUUCCCCAAACCUUCCCCUUCCAGGAGGGUGUGGCCUUGAGCUCUAAACCCUCACCCCUGUCCUGGUUGGGUUGGGGUGCAGGGAACCCCACUUCCCAGCACAGGAGCUGGUUGUAGUCGAGCUGUAAGUGGGGGCGCUUCUGUCCAAGGCUCCUGGUGUGGGCACCCAGCUCUGGGAGGAGAGGGGUCCACCUGGCGGGGGGACGCCAGCCCUGCCCUCCACCAUCACCCCCACACCGGCCCCUCACCCCAUCUCGCUGUGCUCUGCGGGAGCCCUGGGGGUGCAGGACCCUUGUGUCUCACACAUCGGGCGCCUGUUCUGCCCGACCUGUGCCCCACCCCCUGUGGGCUGUCUGCAUUGCACUUCAGCUCAGUCCCCAGGUGGUGGGGAGCAAAGCUGAUGGUCUGCGAGGCUGCUGGAGGGGGCCCCUGCCCUGACCUAGUGGCCUUCCAGGUGCCCCCUAAGCCAGCGCUCUGGGCGCUCCUGCUGGCACUGCUGGGACUGGCGUCUGCCCCCGCGCAGUUGCGCACCUGCAGCGUCCCCGACGUGCUGCGCCACUACCAGGCCGUCAUCUUCAAGGACCUGCAGGCCGCCCUGCGGCAGGUGGGGCUGGGGUACGAAGGGAGCGGGCCGGGCUCCGGGCAUCUCCGCUUCAUUCAGAAAAACCAGACCGGAGCUGCCGCGUCUGUGGGACGGCAGGGUCGGUCGGGACCCUUCUGCAGUGCCCAGAAGGAGCACAGCAUUAUCGCCUCCAUCGCCUCCCUGGGCCGGACCCUGCGCGGAGCCGCGGCUGGUGGCCGUCGCCGCGGGGCCCUGGAGAAGGCCGCCUGGACCGUGGCCCUGCGCACUGAGGCGGUGAUGCGGCGUCACUGCCGGGCGCUGCGCCAGCGUAUCUGGCGGCCCCAAAUGCGCCUGGAACAGCGGCGUCGCGGCAGCAGGAGGCGGCUCCUUCUGCGAGCUCUGGACGCCGUCGCCACCUGCUGGGAGAAGCUCUUCGCGCUGCGCGCCUGGGCCCACGCGGGCUCCUAGCUGGUGCUGCGCUGGGCCUGGGAAGGAGCCUCAUAGGUUGGUGGCGACUGAGGGCUCCCCCUGCUGACCGCUGGGUCCCGCCUGCCCGGGUCUGGUUCUGGCGCAGGAUGGCUCAAGAAACCCGGACUUGAGAGACGUGAGCCCUGCCCAGACCAGGCUCCCCUCCACGCAGGAGGCCUUAAUAAACAGC